AUGCACAUCAGCGAUGCUCUCGGUGCUGUUGCCUACCUCCUCGACGGGCUCCUCAUCCUGCACCCCCAGCGCGCCCAGCAGCAGGCCGACGGGGUCGGCCACAGCAGCGGGGCAGAAAGGCUGGGCGGUCGAACGCAGCGGCGUCCGUGCCCCAGGCUGCGGGGCGCAGCGGCGGCCCCUCCCGUGGCCCAGCCGCGGGCCUUUCUGCGCCUUGCGAAGCGCAGCGGGCCCGCCGAUGCGAUGGAGGCGACCGCGGGCGCCUCCGCGUGGAGCGCGACGUUCCGCCGAAGAACAGCCAGCCAAUCGGGCGUCUCGCCGCGGACCAGCGCGCUGAGCGCUGGCAGCAAGGCCGUCACAUAA